AUGCCUUUCCGGAUGCUGAAGCCGCGGAGGGACGCUCCGCAGGCGUUGCCAACACUGCAAUCGCGUGAGCAGUUGUACAACAGCAUCGAGGAGCGUCGCCUGAAGGAGUGGGAGAACUACCAAAAGGCUCACCGCUUCAUGGAGGAGGCGCGCACAAAUCGUAUUUUCCUUGACAUUGGCAUCGGAGAUGCAUUGGCGGGAAGACUCGUCGUGGAGCUUUUCGAGGAUGUCGUGCCCGAAACCACUGCACGCUUUCACCGCCUCGUUACCGGCGAAGGCGGCAUUCACGACGCAACUGGCGUCAAGCUGGAUUACCUCUACACCCCUCUGGAGCUGAUUGACCGCCAGCACGGCUACGCGCGCUUCGGCGAUCUUUUGGCGUAUGGCGUGCGUCUUGAGCCUCUGCGACAGGAGACGUUCAAGGUGCGCCACACCAGCAGCGGACUGCUCACGAUGACGUCUUACGGGCCAAAUCUGUGCAACACGUCUUUUGGCAUCACUCUCGCCGCUGCGCCCUCUCUUGACUUCAAGCAGGUAGCGUUCGGCAAGGUAGUGGACGGGCUGCAUCUGCUGGAGAAGCUAGAGUCACUCCCGCUGGACCAGGUGGGUCGCCCUCUAACACCAGUCAUGAUUGCGAUCUGUGGAACCCUUACGGGAGAGCGUCCUCCAGGCAAGUGGGCCUCGCCCCAAGACAGGACGGGCUGCGACGAGACUCUUGGGUACGAAGCCAUCGAUUGA